AUGUCAGCCAAAUGGCACAAAAAGCCGCAAAUUUGCGAUUGUGUCGGAAAGAUUAUUAGCGUUGAUUCGAAAGGAGAGUUUGCCUAUAUCGAGUCACCCAACUGCGGAGGCAAAAAGGAAACGGUCUAUGCCACUCGAAACACUUUCCGACCGCCGUCGAAAAAUCUGAACAAUGAAAUUAAAAAGAAUGACACGGUGACGGCGAGGGCCAUUGAACAACAUGCGGCCGGGAAUCAGGGCAAUGUCAGAUUCAGAACAACCAUUUUCACUUUUGGAAGGAACGGUAUAGAUGCUGAUGGUGGGGUAUACGACAAGACGGCUAAACGGAAAAUCCCGGGAUUAACCACCGCUUCUCCAUCAGUUUCAAGGCCCCUACAAACAUCAGUGCCAUGGAAAAUUCCGUCAAAAGCCGGCUCCGAAUCGAUGCGUGGAUCAUUGUUAAAUUCUGGAGUGAACGUGCCUCCAGCAAAUCAAAAGGUGGCAGGAUCGUCUGUGUUGACAAAAUCUAUGUUCAUUCCGACCCAUCCUUCAACCACAGAUGAGUAUGAAAUCGCGUACGAGAAGAUCCGUCAACUUAGUCACGCAAUCGCUGGCAAUCGCUGUAAUCAUUGUCUCACCCGUCGCUUCGAUCCGAAUCUCAAGCCA